AUGGAUAGACAACAACUACUUGAACAGAAACGACAACGACUUCAGGAAUUGAAACAGAGGCGGAAUCAACACAAGGAAGAUGUCAAUGUGGAUGCGAUAAUUGAUACGCUAACCAAGCAGAGUGUAGCCACUCUGACCACCAGUGUUGAUGUUUCUACCCAAACUACUGAAGUUAGGCGAGUUGUGGAAGGAGUACGAUAUGAUAAAGCUAUACAGACAAUAGCUCCUGAGAAAGAGCAGGAAGAGGCUAAAGCAGAAGUGGUAACAGCGUCAGCAGCAGCAGCAGCAGCUGAGGAUAAGCUAGUUGGCAAGCACGAGUUAUCAGAAACCAAGCUAAAUCAAGCAUUGGCCAAUUCACUUAAAUUGCUUAACAAACUCACAGUCAAAUCAACAAUUGAACUUGAACAGACAACAGUCCAAGUUGAACAUGCAAAGCUGGGAUUCUUUCAAGAGAUAGACAGUCAUUCAGGACAUACUGGCUCCAUCAGUGAUAUCGACGUUUGUGGAAGUCUCAUUGCCAUAGCAUACGCUAAUUCCAAAUAUUCAGCUAUAGUUUACGCCGGCACUACACCACAACACUUUCUAACUUCAAUUUCACAAAUCACAACCAUCCAAUUUGACAUUAAUAAUCUGAAUAGAAUAAUCACAGGAUGCGCCAAUGGCUCUAUAUCAAUCUACGAACUUUCAAAUCAACUAUCACCAGUGGUAUCACCAACCUUGACAACACCGUUAUAUUCCACUACUCUCUUCAACAACAACUUUGCUCUCCACACAACCCCAAUACUCCUGAUCACCCAACUCAAAAUCAAUGACAAUAAUUGUCUACUCACAGUUUGCAAACAGGGUAUAAUCAACUUAUGGUCGUCUAAUCUCCUUGCCGUGCCCAAAACAGAAUCAAUCAUACUCUUUCCUAAAAAGCUCAACUCAACAUUUCUUUCCCGUGCUAUAUUCACCAGUAUCCAAACCCAUUACGUUGACACGGCUUAUUUGAAUUCACUUGUGUUUGUGGGAGAUGGCAAGUUUUACCAAUUAGACAAGGACAUCACACCAUACAUAACUAACGAGUUGGAAUCGGGAAUUGCAACGAUAAUCAAUGAUGUUACUGUAUUAGAUUCAAUGUUAAUCACUGCUCAUAUGGAUUGGAAUAUCAGGAUAUGGAAAGAUGAAUGUAAAACCGUGCCUGUUCCUUACUUAGUCGAUAAGAUAGUGGUUCGUCCUGAUAGUCGACAAUUUAUUACUGUUUCCCACCAACCAAUGGCAAAGGUUGAUUUAUGGGAUAUAUCAAAACGGUUAUAUACUCCAAUUGUAACUGUGUGUGAAACUGCCGUGGAUACUGUUGCAUUUAACGAAACGGGCACCCAGCUUCUCCUUGGAAAACAAGAAGGAUUUACAAUACUCUCGAUUGACGAGCUUACAGUUGACGAAGUGGAAUAUGAUGACGGUAUAUAA